CUUUUUUUUGAAGCCUUGUUUGUUUAAGAAUAACAUGGCUCAAGUCAUAGCCAGAAUACCUUUAAACUACAGGGGUUUUGAGGAGGAUGUCGGAUUUUCUGAUGAUCCAGCGUAUUUUACUGACAUUGUUUUCGGAUCUUGGGAAGAACAGGAAGUGUCACAUGAGAGUUCAUGUACCUCAGGUGAUUAUAAUGAGGAUGAUGAUGAUGAGAGUAGUCCUUGUAAUGUUGAAGAGAACAACAGAUUUUGGGAAACACAAAGCCAACUUCUUCAGGGAACAUUGUAUAGAACAAGUCCUCUUGAGACCAAAAUUCGUCAAGCUACAAAAGAAGCUAUGAAGGAAAUUGAUGGGAUUGGCAUGUAUUGUUUGUGUUGGAAACCGAUGGCCGGAGCUUGCCGGAAUUGUUUGCAAAGAGAAAUUUCAAUUCGGCUUCAAAAUCAAGGCUAUAAUUGUGCCAUUUGCAAGUCCAAGUGGAAGAGAUCUGAAGAAAUUCCUUCAGGGGAACACACUUUUUUGGAAGUGGUGGGCAAAUUAAAUUCAAAGAAGGGAGAGAUGAGAGUGGUAAUUGAGUUGAAUUUUCGAGCCGAAUUUGAGAUGGCGAAAGCAAAUCAUGAAUACAAACAACUAAUUAACCGGUUACCAGAGGUAUAUGUAGGCAAGACGGAAAGGCUAAAAGCCUUGAUCAAGAUAUUAUGCUCAGCAGCUAAAAAGUGCAUGAAGGAGAAGAAGAUGCACUUGGGUCCAUGGAGGAAGCUUAAGUAUAUGCAAUCUAAGUGGGCAGGCACAUUUGAGAGAACAACACCAGCACCAUAUUUGCCUGGUGGAUUUUCGGACCGGCGCCCGCAUAAGUCUAGGGCAUCCAUGUUAACUUGUGAUCUAUCGGAGACUUUGCCUGUCUGGCACCGUACAGCAGUUCAAGUUUUGUGACUCAAAUUUCGGAAGAUUAUGCCUAAAGGGAUUCCUGUAAUCAAGACCUUGGGGCAGCUUAAUUAUCCAUGCAUGCAAACGUGGCAUGAUGAGCACACUUGACGAGCGAGACUCAGAAGAAAAGUUUUACAUGUUCAAGUUCAGACACUUGUGCCGCGCUAUAUAACCCCUAAUUUUGCAUCUGUGGAGAAAAAAUAAAUAAAUUUGUCCACGGUUUAGUUGUAAAUAAAUACUAGUUUGUGUUGGGUUUGAGAGCUAGGUAAUUGAGUGGGGUUGGUUGAUUGUAUG